UUAGGGCACGGCAUAUACAGUAGAAGGAGUAUGUAGGGGCUGUGGUGAGGCAUCACUCAUCAGGCAUCACUCAUCAGGUCACAGCAUUACAGUAAGAGGAGCACGUGGGGGUUGAGAGAGUUGAUCGCGCUGUAUCCGAAAGGGGUUUGCAGUGGAGCGGCAUGAGCUGGGGGGGGUGAGGCUGCUGUGAAAUGGCAAGUCGAUUCUGGGGGCGUCUGCUGCUCGGCAGCAGUAUUAACACAGCAGCGACAGCAGCAUCGACUGCAGCAACAGCAGCAACAACAGCAGCAGCAAUAGCAGCAUUAGCAGCAGCAGCAGCAUCAGCAGCAGCGGCGGCGGCAGCAGCAGCAUCAGCAGCAGCAUCAGUAUCAGCAUCAGCAUCAGCAGCAGCAUCAGUAUCAGCAUCAGCAUCAGCAUCAGCAUCAGCAUCAGCAUCAGCAUCAGCAUCAGCAGCAGCAGCAGCAGCAGCAGCAGCAGCAGGAGAAGCAGUAUCAAGUCAAGGAUCCUUUUUUUUUUGCGGCCGUUUUUCACUACUUGUGCCUCCCUGCCCUCGAUCCUUCCUUUCCUAAAGGGGUUGGCUCAAGUGCUGAAGUCGUCUUAUGGCCUUUCGUCUACCGCCAGUGCUGCCAUAUGCUUUUUCGCUUCUAUGGUGCAUUCACAGUUGUUGCUGCAGUGCAGUUUGAUAUUCAUG